AUGGAAGGAAGUGUAUGGUUGGUUCCAUGGAUUCAGGGUGGGCCGAUUAUCCAGCAGUUUGGGAAGAGGGUGAUCUAUGAUGUGGGUAGUCGGUGGGAUGCGAGGCUGGUGGAUUUCAUGGGUCGGGAUGGUGAUUGGAGAUGGCCGCUUGUUUCUUUGGAUUUGAUGGACAUUUGGGAUAGGGUUCAGGGAGUGAGGCCGAGUCCGAGUGUUGAGGAUAGGUGGGUUUGGGUGUCGGGGAGUCAUGAUAGUUUUUCGAUCACUAGUGCGUGGGAGACUAUUCGUCCUCAUAGUAUUAGGGUUGGCUGGUCGGGUUUACUAUGGGGUGGGGGAAAUAUUCCUAAGCACUCCUUUUGUGCUUGGUUGGCCAUCAGGGAUAGGUUGGGUACUAGAGAUAGGUUAAGUCGGUGGGAUAGGUCGAUUCCUUUAUCGUGUUUGCUUUGUGGAGGGAACUAUGAGUCUCGUGAUCAUUUGUUUUUUUCUUGUCAUUUUGGGUGGGAGAUUUGGUCGAGGAUCCUUUUGCUUAUGUCAUCUUCUCAUAGAAUCGGUUAUUGGGGGGUUGGGUUAUCUUGGAUUUAUAAUCAGGGUAUUGGGAAGAGUGUGAGGAGAAAACUGUGGCGCCUUCUCUGGUGUGCUACAAUUUAUUUCAUUUGGCAGGAGCGAAAUCAUCGUCUUCAUGGAGGUGCUAUUCGGGAGCCUAUGGUUGUAUUCCAGCUCAUUCGGUCGUGUAUUAAAGCGCGUGCUGCUUCUUGGUCGGAUGGUGUUCAUGGUCUUAUUUAA